AACUACACGUCCCACAAUCCCUUGCGGCCCCGGCUCGCUGCGGUUGCUUAUGGCCAAUCGGGAGAGGCAGCUGUGGCGGGGGCCGAGGAGGGACAUUUUAAAAGGGCCGUAGAUUGCGGGCGUCAGUGGCCAUGGCGGAUACAGCGACCACAGCAUCAGCGGCGGCGGCUAGUGCCGCUAACGCCUCCACGGAUGCACCUCCUUUCCAGCUGGGCAAACCCCGCUUCCAGCAGACAUCCUUCUAUGGCCGCUUCAGGCACUUCCUGGAUAUCAUCGACCCCCGCACGCUCUUUGUCACUGAGAGACGUCUCAGAGAGGCAGUACAGCUGCUGGAGGAUUACAAGCAUGGGACCCUGCGCCCGGGGGUCACCAAUGAACAGCUCUGGAGUGCACAGAAAAUCAAGCAGGCUAUUCUACACCCAGACACCAAUGAGAAGAUCUUCAUGCCCUUCAGAAUGUCAGGUUACAUUCCUUUUGGGACGCCAAUUGUAGUUGGUCUCCUCUUGCCCAACCAGACGCUGGCAUCCACUGUCUUCUGGCAGUGGCUGAACCAGAGCCACAAUGCUUGUGUCAACUAUGCAAACCGCAAUGCUACCAAGCCUUCGCCUGCAUCCAAGUUCAUCCAGGGCUACCUGGGGGCUGUCAUCAGUGCUGUCUCCAUUGCUGUGGGCCUUAAUGUCCUGGUUCAGAAAGCCAACAAGUUCACCCCGGCCACCCGCCUUCUGGUCCAGAGAUUCGUGCCAUUCCCUGCUGUAGCCAGCGCCAAUAUCUGCAACGUGGUCCUGAUGCGGUAUGGGGAGCUGGAGGAAGGGAUCGACGUUCUGGAUGGUGAUGGCAACCUCGUGGGCUCCUCAAAGAUCGCAGCCAGACACGCCCUGCUGGAGACGGCACUGACGCGAGUGGUCCUCCCCAUGCCCAUCCUGGUGCUACCCCCGAUCGUCAUGUCCAUGCUGGAGAAGACGGCUCUCCUGCAGGCACGACCCCGGCUGCUCCUCCCCGUGCAAAGCCUUGUGUGCCUGGCAGCCUUCGGCCUGGCCCUGCCGCUGGCCAUCAGCCUCUUCCCACAGAUGUCAGAGAUCGAAACAUCCCAAUUGGAGCCUGAGAUUGCCCGAGCCACCAGCAGCCGGACAGUGGUGUAUAACAAGGGGCUGUGAGUGGUGGCAGGGGGGCCUGGGGAUGGAGCGGUGUCCAGGCCGGGGAGUUGGGGUGGGGACCAAGUCUUCUGGAUUGCACCUGCAGGGAGGGGCAAGCUGACCCUGCCACCCGGGCCCCCUGGGGGAGCGCUGGACCCACAGUGGUAGGGAGACUAAUCUAUUUACACGUUAAUAUAAGGGAGAGGAGUUCUGACACAUUUCCUAUACAGAAUAAUCAAGUGCAUUUUUGGGCCUUACCUGGGGUUGUCAAAACUCUACUCAGCACAAUUAUGUGUGAAGCUGAAACAUUUGUAGAGUGCCCACAGGAUAGAAUUAGGAUCCUUUUAUACUUUGGUUUCUUUUUUAUUUUUUAUCAGAAGCAAGUCUGAGCCUUGGUUGCAGCUGCCCAGCUGCAUUAGGUGGGGCAGUGGGGGUGGGAGUAGGCCUGGGGCCGGGUAGGCUUGGUGGCUGGGCUGGUGGCUUUGAGAUAUGGUGACCAGGCCCGAUGGCUCACUAGCUGGGCUGGGGAGGGGACAAGGGGUGGUAUGCAUGUCACAAGAUGUACCAGCUAUGACUAAGGUCGUCAGGAGGUAGCCCAGGAAAUCAUGGAGACCUGGAGACCCCUGGAAGAUUCUGUGAGCGACUGGCUCUGAGCGUGGCCAGACUGCAUCCAUGCUGCACCUGUGGAAACAGUCCCUCUGCACGAAGCCCAGUGGCAAGGUGGGAAUGAGGUUACCCUUCAUGGAGCCCUGAUCUACUUGAGGCUCCUGAGAUGACUUCAGCUCCAGGCAGGAAGCCCCAAGAAGGAAAGAUGUUUGGUUUCCAGCUGCUAUAGGAAGAUCUUUCCAGUCCCCGAGGCCACCUGCCCCACCCACUGCUUUCUGAUUGGGGGUGCAAGGGUGUCUUGUGCCUGAGAACUCUAGGCACCUAGCUGAGAGGCAACAUCAACCUAGGAACAGAGGACCCCAGCGCCAGACUACCCAGCUGUGUGACCUUGGACAAGUCUAUUCCCUUCUCUGAGCCUCUACUCCCUGUCUGGAACCAGAGGUCUGGAUCAGGGGUUCUUAGCAUUUCUUCCAGCUAGAGCUCAUUUUGCCUGUCUUGUUCAGAUGCUGGUCAUUGCAGGCACAUCCCCAGUGGGGACAUAGACUGGGAAAGGGGCGGGCCCCUUGGGGAAUGGCCAGCCUUUGGUCUGAGAACCUGGACCUUGCCCUCCUUUAUAUGUCCCCACAUACUGGGAGCACUUGACCUUUGCCAAACACUUUCCAGUUCUGAAGGAGGAAGUAUCAUGGAGGCCUGGGCCUGGGUGGGGGGCCAUGCCCGCAUGCCCUCUCUCACGAUGCAAGGGCCUCCAAGGGCCCUUCCUGCUGGCCCUGUCUCCCUCUCAUUGGCAGACCAGCAAAGUGGAGAGAGCUCUGCUGAAGAAAGCAGGGCCUGAGGCAAGGGUGAACAGAGUAAUCCCCUGGCCUGAAAGGUCCAAACAAUGGGGAGCAUGAGCCUCAGUGCACCCCUCACCUGAACUCAAGUGGAAUGGAGUCCUUGACUUGCACCUCCCCGGUGACUCCACCUGAGGAGAGGUCUGGCUGGAGGGGAUGCAGGCACCUGCAGGGAGAGGCUGGUGCAGGGCAGCAAGGGUGUGGCGAAGAGGCUGUCCCCACCCCUAGGGCAGGGGUACAGGAGUUGACACCAUGUUCGAUCCACAGUCCCUGCUGCCCUCACCUCCCAGCCAGGUCAUGGCACCCCCAACUAGCUCUGCAGGAUGCUGCCCUAAGGGUCCUCCCCCUGUCCCAAGGAGCAGCCCAUGCCCUCCCCCACCAACCCCUGGCCUUCAGGAAGGGGAAAAGACAGAGACCAGCACAGAGGACAAAACUGUAGCAGGGAGGAUGCCACAGAGUUGGAGGGGCAUGUCCAUGAGCUAAUCCCACCACAAUGUGAAUGUGCCAACGACGGGGACCGGGCACAUCCGGGUUCUCUUGAAAAGUAGAGGGCUGUGUCCUUCUCUGCUUCAAGUUCACCCUGCCCCUCCUUUCAUAGGGUCAUGUUCUUGUGCACUUUACUUUGGGACCAAAAUUGCCUACUCCAGCCCCUGUCCCCCACUUCCAGAGGCCUGGAUUUGGGGUUUCUCCAACUUCCCCUCUGUGCUGGCUGCUCUAGCCCUGCCCUAGCCCUGUGGACUCAGCAUCUCAUAAGCUUCUUACUUUGUCUCCCAGAUGAUUUCCAGUCAUGCUCCCAAAUGCACUCUUAGGUGAACCCUCCUGUAGUGGGCAGGAUGGGAGGUGGCAAGGGAGACUUGCAGCUCAGGGGGAGGUGACAACACCUCAGGGGGCCAUGCUGCAAGGUCCCAAUCUGACUGCAGAAAACACCACGGGAAACUCUUAGCUGACAUCCACCCCUACUCUGAGGCCUCAUAGACAGGUCGGUUCAUGACUGGGGAGAAGGCCAAGCCUGGACCCACAGACAGAGUAGGGCUGGCCAGCAGUACCAGAAUCCAGGACACACCUGCAAGUGGUUCUCCAGCCCUGAGGUACCUGCCUGACCCUCCUCUGGUCACUUAAAACAUUCCCUCAAGCUUGGCAAUGCCCUUCUCCCAUUUCCAGAGAGCAAUUUGAGGGUAUAGGGACCAAAAGCCCAAGAUGUCAAGAUGGUCACUGAGUCCAGAUGCCCAAUGGACUCUGUUCCACUUCCUGAUUGUGAGCCAGCUUAUUUCCAGUGUGGGGGUUCUGGCCUGUGAGGAGGAUGGGGUCCUGGGAAGUAGGAGGGCCAGGGGACAGAAACAGUGGUUCUCCAGCCCUGGGCCAUGUGAGUGAGGCACCAGCACACAAGCCUCAUGCACUCCCAGGGGACUUGGUGGUAGCUUUUUAACCUUCUCAGAAAAAUGUCUGUCUCUGUGAUUUACCUAAUACUAAUGCACUGUGGGCAAUAAAUGAUGGAUUUAAAGCACCAGAACUUGGCCUUGUGAAUUAUGGGCUGGAGCAGUGGCAGUGUGGAAAGGCAGCAGGACAAGACAAAGGCCGCCUGUGGGUUUGUAGAAAGGACCCCAAGAAAGAUGCAGACCCUGGCUCCUGGAGGCCUCGGGCCAGCUGGGAGGCCCAGAGGGAAGGAGAGAGGGAAGGAUGGAAGAACUUGUGAAAGUGGGACAAAGGGGGUGAGUUGAAACUCCACAAAAGGAUCCCUCUUUGUAGAGUAGCUGCUGAGAGCUGAGAGGACCCCACCACAAGGAACUUGAA